AUGAUUCAGCAGUCUUUGGAUCAAAUAGUUGUAAGUGAUCAUUCACGAUCAGUAGCUCAAGGAAAGGGUUUGAAUGAAGCCGAUUUGGGCGCCCAAGCUGAAUUCAUUGUCAUUACUAAAGAUUCAGAAGGAAAACAGUUUUAUAGCGAGUAAGGACAAGUUACAGUCUUUGUUGAGUCAAUGUCAGGAGCAGAGGAAGUGCACAUCAUAGAUGAGAAGGAUGGUAUUUAUACAGUACAUUACAAUCCAAGGAGCGUUGGUCCAUACCAAAUUGACAUCGAGAUUAAUGGAUGGCCGCUGACCGGUAGUUCCUGGAGAGUUGAUGUGAAGCCACAUCAGUACAAAGUAGUGACGUCAUGUGGUUCACGUGGAAAAACGGGAGGAAAGUUAAAGGGACCAGCGAGUAUUGCAAAGAAUGAAAAAACAGGAAAUAUUACCGUGGCAGAAUUCGAUAAAAAACGAUUUCAGGUGUUUGACACCGACUUGAAUUACCUGAUGACGAGGAAAGGUGUAGCAGGACCACAAACUGAAAACGCUGUUAAGAUUGGUCCUCCGUGGUCAGUGGCAUUUUUACGAAGUAGUGACAUGAUUGUCAUUCAUGGCGAUUUGUUUUCGAGAAAAAUGUCUCUUAUCACUAAUGAUGGUCAGUUUAUCAAAAAGUUCAGCGGACACGUGAUUGAUCCCGGAAGUUUGUUUGUUAAAAACUGA